AUGGAUAAAGAUAGUCCACAUAAUAAGAGAAACACAAGAGAUACCUUCUUAUCGCGAGUUUUCGGUCUGCAAUCUGAAGAUGUGGGUUCGUCAAUUCCCACCGAAGAGAUGAGUAACUUUGCAGAGCAAAGGACAAUCGAAGAGAGUUCAAGACUACCUGAAAGUAAUAAUACCACGGAAACCGGAAGCAAUUCCAGCGAGGAAGAGGAACUUCGAGUCCCAGAGUCGGACCAGGGAACCACUACAGAUGAAGAAGAGCAGCAUUCAGAGGAUAUAGAUUUGAAUGAUGUGUCUAUUCCUAAUGGCUUGCUAAGACGGGUGGAUAAGCUAGAUAAUUUGGCGGGUAUGGGCGACUCGUCGGUCAAAGUGGGCCAGCUAUCUAGCGAUGAUGAAUACAACGAUGAGCUUACUGGAGAAGUGGGUGCUGAUAUUCCUCUUUUUGACCGGUCAAAAAAGAAUAAUAGGAUCGAGAACGAUACUAGUGCGAACCGCCUUUCCCAUUCUUUGUUGUUUCGUCGGGUAUUGCAGCAAGAUAAGCAAAAACAAAAAGGGCAACAGCUUUUCACCUCCUCUAAAGAUGGAUAUAAGAGGCGCCAGGGAGACGCGAGCUUUGACUAUGACCUCGAAGCUGGGCCAGGUAAUAGGCAGAUCAACAACAAACGGGGUGAAAAUACGAGAAACAAGGUAUUUAAUACAAAGAGACCGAAUCUUUUCGCCAAUGUUUCAGUGCUUAAUAAUACUCCGGCAAGUAAAGUAAGUGCUUUGAGUCCUAAGGAACGGGCAUUAUGGAAGUGGGCUAAUGUUGAAAAUUUAGACAUCUUCCUUGCGGAGGUAUACAAGUAUUAUCUAGGGAACGGGUUUUUCUGCAUUGUUUUGGAAAAGGUUUUGAAUAUAGCAACGCUGAUAUUCAUUGUGUUUAUAUCCACUUAUAUGGGUCACUGCAUUGAUUAUACGAGGCUUCCCACGAGUCAUAAGCUAUCAGAGAUUACAGUUGAGCAAUGUUAUUCUCAACAUAUCGCCGGUUCGACAAAAGUACUUCUGUGGGUGUUCUACUUAUUCAUCGCUUUGAAAGUGACUCAGCUCUACUUCGACAUACAGAACUUGAAGGAAAUUCAGAACUUCUUCAAACAUCUAUUGAAUAUAUCAGAGAAAGAGCUUCAGACAAUUCCAUGGCAAAAUGUUAUUCAACAGAUUAUGUACCUAAAGGAUCAAAAUGCUCUGACAGCUAACGUAGUCGAAGUCAAGGCAAAGAAUCGAAUGGAUGCUCACGAUAUAGCCAACAGAAUAAUGAGAAAAGAGAACUACCUGAUUGCAAUGUUCAACAACGACGUACUUGACUUGUCAUUACCACUACCGCUGUAUCGUACCAGUACAUUAACAAAGACGCUGGAAUGGAAUAUCAAUCUCUGCAUCAUGGGUUAUGCUUUUAACGAAUCUGCAUUUAUCAAGCAAAGCUUCCUAAAGGCUUCGCAGCAUGAGUACCUCAGCGAAGAACUGCGAAAGAGAUUUAUGUUAGCUGGUUUUCUAAACAUAAUUCUUUCUCCCUUUCUCGUGGCCUACUUUGUCUUAUUGUACUUCUUCAAGUAUUUCAAUGAAUACAAAACAUCGCCGGGGACUUUGGGUGCCCGGCAGUACACUCCUAUGGCUGAAUGGAAAUUCAGGGAAUAUAAUGAACUUUAUCACCUUUUUCAGAGAAGAAUUGGCUUGAGCACAGAGUUAGCAGAUAGGUAUAUCAACCAGUUUCCAAAAGAGGGCUCAAACAUUUUUCUAAGAUUUGUUGCUUUCAUAUCAGGCUCUUUUGUGGCUCUCCUGGCGCUUCUUACCAUACUUGAUCCCGAAAACUUCUUCAACUUCGAAAUUACCAGUGAAAGGACAGCUCUUUUUUAUAUCACUAUACUUGGUGCUAUCUGGACAAUAUGUCGGAAUUCCGUUUCAGACGGUUACAACGUGUUUGACCCAGAGGAAACAAUUCAAGAACUAGCCACUUUUACUCACUAUCUUCCAAAUGAGUGGAAAGGCAGGUAUCACACCGAGGAAGUGAAGAAUGAAUUUUGCAAGUUGUACAACUUGAGGAUAGUUGUCUUACUCCGUGAGCUAGCUAGUCUGAUUAUAACCCCAUUCAUUUUGUGGUUUUCUCUUCCCAAAAGUGCUGAUAAGAUUGUGAAGUUCUUCCGCGAGACAUCCGUUUAUGUCGAUGGUCUUGGAUACAUUUGCAAAUAUGCCAUGUUCGAUAUGAAUCAUCCUGAAAUUCGUAAGAAGAACCAUUCUAGCUCUGUCAAUCUGGACCAGCUGUCGGACAAGAGGGAAACAAACCUUCAUAAUGAUGAGACUGAAGAACAAGACUCCGAUGAAAAUGGUGAAGAGGAGAACGAAAAUGCCAUUAAUAAAAUGAUGCAGUCAUAUUUGUAUUUCAUUGACGAUUAUGAAAAUAGUGAAAAUGCUGUGGGAAAACAUCACCUGCCUCAGAAGCGAUACGACGACUUGAAGAAAGCACCGGUCUUCAACGCAUACUCCUGGAAGAAGCAGUUCCAGCCCGGUCAGAGGCCAGAGCUUUUCAAGAUUGGAAGACAUGCUCUCGAGAGAAGAGCCCUUCACACUGAAGUGCCAGCACGUACCUCCGACAGAGAUGAAAGUAAGUCAAGUGAUCCAAAUCGAACCUUGGGCGAAUCAUUUAUAAAUUCUGUCCCAGCAAGGCAUUAUGACGUUGAUGAGAGACGGUCAGAAUCCGGUACUCGUGGUGCUGGCGUAUUGGGUCUCGUAAAAGAGUUCUAUAAGAAUCAGAUUUGA